CGCGUCCCAGUUUUCUCGAUACCGAAUGGUUUUCCUCCGCCCGCAGUUGUGAACGAGAAGGCCUCUCUCUCUCUCUCUAUGUCUGGAUUGAUCGAAUGUCUUCUGCUCAACCUCUUCAGUCUCUCUGUUAGAAGCUCAACUGUCGGUGAUCGUCAUUGGAUUUCUUUUCUUCUCUUCAUUUUGCGGGAUUUCACGGCAACAAUGUACCCUGGAGGUUAUACGGCCGAAGUGACUAGUUUGUCCCCCAAAGCUACAGAGAAGGAAGUUUAUGACUUCUUUGUGAACUGUGGGCCGAUUGAAUUUGUCGAGAUCAUCAGGUCUGGUGAGUAUGCGUGCACAGCUUACGUGACCUUUAAAGAUCACUAUGCUCUUGAAACUGCCCUGUUGCUCAGUGGAGCUAAAAUUGCUGAUCGAGUUGUGAGCAUAUCUCGUUGGGGUUCGUUUGUCGAUGACUCCGAUCCCUGGUCAUGGAAGCCUGAGAACAACAGUUCCACAGCUGUACAUACAAAUCAAUUUGUUUCCUCCCCUAGCGAGGCAAUAACAGUAGCACAAGACGUUGUCAAGACAAUGAUAGCAAAGGGAUAUGAUCUCGGCAAGGAUGUGCUUGUAAAAGCCAAAGCCUUCGAUGAGUCCCAUCAAGUCUCAUCUUCUGCAGCUUCAAAAGUAGUCGAGCUGAGCAACAGGAUCGGCCUAACCGAGAAGAUAAACACAGGCAUGGAAGUGGUGAAGACAAUCGACGAUAGAUUGCAUGUCUCAGAGAUCACAAAAUCAGCCGCGGUCGUCACCGGGACAGCAGCUGUUGUGGCAGUGACGGUCACAGCAGAGGCUGCGGCAGCUGCUUCUUCUGCUGUGGUCAACAGCGGCUACUUCUCUAAGGGUGCUCUCUGGGUAUCGGAUGCUCUCAGUCGGGCUGCUAAUGCGGCCUCCAAUUUGGCCACCCAAGGCAGUAAGUAAUAGUCAUAUGUACGUUCUCUAGUUUGCAAGACUCUUAUUCCCGCUCCUCAGCAUAUACAUAAACGGGUAGUCAUCUGUAUACAGAACAAUUAACUCGACCAUUUGGAGGUUAAAUGUGUGAUUUCCACUAUGCUCUUACAUAAUGCACAUUGUACAUGGAGCAGUUACUAUCGAACUUUUUGAAACAUUUGACUCAA